CAGGGGUUCAACUCCAGGAUGCACCCUUUCACCACCAUUUUUUCUUUACAGUACUGAUGAGCACGACGAUCCGAUAUUGAGAUUCACGAGAAGGGCAAUUGAAAGAAACGAGACGAAAGAAACGGCGCUGAGCGCCUAUAGGCGUAUCGUCAAGCGAAACGAAACACCUAAUCUCAUCCCUCAAACCCCCCGCGUGGAUUCACUGCGACGCUGCAAUCCGCGUGCGGCUCUGGCGAAAACGCCAGCUGUUGGAUCCUUUGACUGCCGAUCAUCACACACCCCUCGCCCUCCUUUAACGCACGGCUACCACGAAUAGAGACAACCACGCAAUUAACCUUACUCCGUCGUGCCCCCCAGGGCCAGAUCGUCACGAAACAUGCCUCCCAAAACACCGAAUAACACGGGCACGCCCAUCUUCUCGACCUCCAUCUUCUCCUCCAACGCUGCUUCUCGUCCCACCACGCGCGACGGCCACGCCGUUGAUCCUCUGAACACAACUAUCCUCCCCAAGGACCGCAAAGCAUCGUUCUCGCGAAAAGCAUCGCUGUCGAGUAGGCGUGGGAGUUCGUUUGGGAACGGGCCUAACGCUUUUGUCACGGAUGCUACGGCGCCUCCUGCGCUGCCGGAUUACGCGCUCUCUGCUGCUGCCAAGGUAGCGCCUAGGCCUGACGGCGUGGAAAGUGCGGCGGCGCCCGUGGAACCUCAGAUGUUGAGUCGCAGUGCGACGGGGUCAACGACCCUUCAUGGGGGGAUCGUGCCGAAUACGCCGAUUGGGAUAAUGCCGAAUGGGGCGGUUGGGACGUCGGGAAUGUGGCAGCAGAAUGAGGCGGGUAUCAUGCACCAUCAUGUUACGGAGCUUGCGAAUAAGCGCAUCGCGACAUUGGAGUAUUUGCGGAAAGCACAUGAAGGACGAAUUUAUUGGUUCAAGACGUAUCUCUUCGAAAAGACGGACCUCAAUCGCAUGCCCUCCCUCGAUGCUCGAAAGCUUGGUCGCAAAGCAACGAACCAUCUCCUCCUCGGCCUCUCCCUCCCGACAAUCAUCGACCUGUACUCUUCCACAUCGAUCGAAUUCCUCCGAAGUCUAAACUCGCUCCUCUCUGAGUUCGACUCCUUCCAACAACUCCACGGCGAAUCAUCAACCGCUGCAUCACUCACCCGCGCGCGUCUCCCAAGCAUGUUCCGUCGUCCAGGCGGUAAAUCUCGUCGCUCAACAUCAGCAGCUGACAUGCACCCCAUGGUCGACGAGAUGGCUUCUCUGCCCGCAGCCGGUGGUCCAGCGCCCUCUGUCAUGAACUUUGCAGCUGCUGAGACAGAUCUCCUCCCUGGAGAAGAGUAUACCUUUCUACUCACGCCUUCGUUGCCGUUUGACCCCGAUUACUUUGAGACGUUCGCGACGCUGUGCGAUGUGUUGAUCGAUUGCUACACGAGAUUUCUGGCGUUGGUACCUUCACCUAGAGAGUGUUCUGCACCUGUCGCUGAACUCUUCACGAAAGCGGAUUCGCGCGUGCGCAAGAUAAUCGUGCAAGGGAUAGUACGGGACUUUGAGGAGCAGAGUCGCAGCUAUGUCAAGACAGAGGUGGCUAGUAUUGGGAAGGUGGUUCUUGGAGGAUUAAUGUGAAAUGGACUUUGAUGCAUGGAGUUAGCUGGGACCGCGGUGUCCUCAUCGGAUGCAUGCUGGAGUUUGGUUCGUUCUUGAUACGCAUAAUGGCACGAAGAU